AUGGCGGACGAGGCAAGUAGUCCUCUUCUGGGCGAGGUCCAUGAGGAAUCGCAUCAUCGGGCAUCAUCCAUAAUGCGGAAACAUCAUUCAUUUGGAAUAUCCUCUGAAUCAACAACGCGCCACGACGAAUCGCGUCAUCAGACAUCAUCCAUUGGGCAACAACAGCGGUCGUUCGAGCUAUCCUCUGAAUCAACACCGCUCUACGAAGAAUCGUAUCAUCAGACGCCAUCCAUUGGGCAACGAAAUCGGUUAUUCGAGAUAUCCUCUCAAUCAAUACCACUCCACGAAGAAUCGUAUCAUCAGACAUCAUCCAUUGGGCAACAACAGCGGUCGUUCGAGCUAUCCUCUGAAUCAACACCGCUCUACGAAGAAUCGCAUCAUCAGACAUCAUCCAUUGGGCAACAGCAUCAGUCAUUCGAGAUAUCUUCUGAAUCAACACCGCUGCUUCACCGUCGUGAUGAAGCCAAUCUCUCUACGUAUGGUGGUACAGAGCCACCGCGAGCUUUAUAUCCAGCCUCAGAAACUCUCUCCCCAGAUGACAAUCCAAAAAAGUUACGGCGCAAAUUUGGAUGGACAGUCUUUUGCGGCCUCCUUGCUGUUGGUGCUAUUGUCGUCAUCCUUGUGCUGGCUUUCAUUGUUCCAGAAGUGGUUAAUCAGUACACGAAGACUGCCGUCGUAUUUAAACCGAAAAAUCUAUCGAUUGAGUCCGCAACAGAUGAUGGAGUGAGAGCCAGGGUACAAGGGGAUGUCUUUCUUGAUGCUGAACGCAUAGAAAGCGGAUCGGUAAGAAACGUUGGUCGAUUUGUCACCUGGGUUGGAAGAGAGGUCGAAACCAGUCAGUUCAACGUCAGUGCCUACUUGCCGGAAUACGGAAAUACUCUGGUUGGGACUGCAUCCCUGCCCCCCAUAAAACUUAAUAUCCGAAAUGGUCAUGUGAACCACCUCGAUUUCGAAGCCGACCUCGUUGCUGGCAACAUCGAGGGCUUACACUCCAUCGCCGCUGACUGGCUAGACGGAAAGCUAGAACGGCUAUUACUACAGGGAAAUGCAAGCCUACAUCUCAAGUCAGGUUUUCUGAGCCUGGGACAGCAGACCAUAACUGAUUCAAUCGUAUUUGAAGGAGAUGACUUUCCGUCUGUACCGGAAUUUGACAUCACUGAGUUCAACGUACACGACGUAGAUUCACCUGAUGGCGAAGGAGCAAUGGCAGUCAAUGCUUCUGUUUUAGCUCUGACGGACUCCCCGUUUUCUCUGCGCAUUCCACCACUUGGUUUCAAAGUCCUCGUUGCCAACUGCUCGCCCCGCGACCCUUAUAUUCCGACCGCGGAUGUCGUAACUAAGGAGAUUGCAGUCACUCCGGGCCACAGUACUGUGAUCGAUGUUUCUGGCGUUAUUAGGGGUCUCUCUGAUGAACUAACGACGAACUGUCCCGGUGAAAAGAGGUCCCCUCUCGAUUCUCUUCUCACAAGUUAUAUACAUGGCUCUCAAACCAUCAUUUACGUCCGCGGCGCAGAUGUGCCAUCCUUGGGCACCCCCAAAUGGAUGACCGAUAUCCUCAAGACGUUAACCGUGCCGUUUCCCUUUACGGGACACAAUUUGGAUAACCUUGUGAAGAACUUUACCAUGUCUAAUGUUCACUUCUCACUGCCGAACCCCAUGGCAGAACCGGAUACUCCCGAGUCUCUCCCUACAGUAUCCGCUUUGGUAAAUGUAUUGAUUGCGGUACCAAGGCAACUGGAGUUUUAUUUAAAUGUUCCUCGAGUACGAGCAAAAGCGGACGUCUACUAUCACGAAAAUAAACUAGGCGUUCUCAACCUGAAAGAGUGGCAGCCCGCCAAUUCGACUCUAAUCUCGGAUGUCGAUAAUUCCACCGUUUUGCAAGUGAGAUUUGCCAUGGAUAACGCCCCUCUCGAGGUGACCGACGAAGAUGUAUUGGCCGACGUUCUAUCAAGCCUGAUAUUUGAAGGAAUACCAGUAAAACUUUCGGUUUCUGCAAGUGUCGAUGCGGAGAUAGCGACAGGUCUUGGGCAAGUUGCCGUUCGUGGAAUUCCGGCCGACGGCAAAUUCGCUGUUAAACCACUAUAUGGAGGGUUGCUUCCGGGCGAUUGGAGACCACAGGUAGAAAACCUCGAGCUUGGCGCUACAACUGAGUCAUCGAUACUUGUAAACACAAUGGUCAACUUUACGAAUCCUACUCAGUACUCAGCCUCGGUACCUUUCAUCGACUUGCUCCUCGUAUAUAACUCCACCAAAGUUGCUCAUCUAACGGCGAGAGACGUCACCAUUGUACCGGGUACAAAUACUGGCGUGAAUGUGGAUCUCCAAUGGAGUCCACUUGAUCUGGGCGGACCCUCAGCUGUACUUGCUGGUCAAGAUUUACUUUCACGCUUUGUCUCAGGCUUCAAUACCUCGGUGAUGAUGACAACGCACAAAGGAACUAUUCCAGCAUUACCGAAACUUGGACAAGCCCUAUCUAGGCUAGGGCUUGAAGUGCAGGUGCCUAAAUUAACACCCGGCCGCAAUGAUGGCCACAAGGGCUUCAUACAAGAUGCUACGCUGCAUCUCUGGUCUUCAACCGCUGAGUUCGCCUUAUACUCGCCCUUAAACCAUACAACACUGGAAGUCACGUCGAUAGAAGCACAAGCCUUCUACGAGCACGACAAGGAGGUCGGCAAAAUCAACUAUUACCAACCUUUUUCAAUACCACCGGGCCUGUCUCAUUCACCGCGACUACCGGUUGAAUUGAAUAUGGAAAGUAUCGGCUACGAUGCUGUCAAGAGAGCUGUUGGUGGUUCACUUGACCUAGAUACUAUAGCAAAGGUUGGCGUUCGGAUUGGGAAUUAUAACGAGACUAUACAUUACCGUGGCAAGGGGAUCAAGGCGAAAGUUACGCUGUGA